AUGAUGGACGCCUCGCUUCCAGCAGACCAAAGCGGGCUCUCCGACCUGUCCGCAGCAUCCAUAGAGGACAUCGAGCCGCAUCUUGCACCACAAUCACCUUCGGACGGAUUCGAUGCAGCUCCGGCGACGCCAAUGCAGAACUCACCUCCGGCUUUGAUUCCCAUGCAUCUCAACGCAACGCCCGGGCCAAGCCGUCUCCGCACGGAGCUGAACGACAACUCUCGCGCAGCUUGGACACCGAGUCCAGAAGCUGAAGCUUCUCGCUCAAAAUCCAGCAGCCGGUCAAUACACAGAGCAUCUCCAAGAAGUUCUGGCCGUGGCAACGAGAGCAUGGGCUCCAGCUUGGGCACCUUCGAUUUCAGCAAUGCUUCAUUCAGCGAGAGCUUCCUCCGACAAGCAGGCGCACACAUGCUUGCUGGUCUUGACGAAGCACCUUUGCCAUCUGCGCCAUCUUCAGCUUCCUCACCCAGGUAUCGCCACUCUUCGUCACCCACAGUCACUGCCAAACCCAUUCGUCCUGUCGAUCCUAGAACACCGUUUACGGGAAAGAGCCUGCGCACCCGUAUGGCCGAGGCUGGAAUGCUCGACAGCCCUGCUUCGUCCGACGGCAGUAGUCCAGCAUCAAGCCCCACAGCGCGUGUACUGCCAGAUUCAUACACUCGCACACUUACCGUACACCACGAGGAGGACGAGGGUGACAGUUCGCAGCUGCCGCUUGACUCGCCACAUGACGACCAUGUCUCGUCCUCAAAUUCGCCCGUGGUGGACAAGCUAGAAAGCGACGUUUCGCCACUAAAUCAUGAUAAAUUGACGGUAAUGGACAGCUUCGGGCUGAGCGAGCAUCACGAGUGGCAAGAAGGCUUGUCCAUAGUACCAGAGGAGUCCUACAUCGAAGACGCAUCUCAACUACCUUCGUCUCCCUUUGGCCGUCGCAUUUCGCAUACAUCCGCUGACCUCGACGAAGCUUCCAGGCACUCGAUAUCGGAACUUCCUCCCACAACAGAUGCGCCCGAAUUCUUUCCCUCAAAAGCAUCUUUGAGCGAUGCCGCGGAGAACGGCGCCGAACUGUCCGCAGGAGUAUCGUCUCCGAAGCGGCUCAAGCAGGGUGACAGGUCAGCAUAUAGCCCGGAUGAGCCUGCCAGAGAUUUGGAAACUCAAGCCGGCGAUCGAAUCAAUUACCCCGUCCGAGCUCGCGCUGCAUCUCCAGCAGCUACACCUCCAUCAGCUCCUCGCGCUCCAAACACUCCGAGGUCUUUUGCAAGGCUUCGCGUUGGAACGCCCGUUAGGUCCUCACCUCUCUCGCGCGUCGUCAACUUCUCGCCUUCUUCUGCAGGCUCAACUCCGUCUCAGUGGCAGAGUCCUGCCAGCCAGAGGAGUGUCGCAGAAGCCAUCGGAUCCUCAUCAGGACCGUCAGCCGGCGGGUCUAAUGUCGCUUCACCAAUGAACCACAUUCAGCUCGAAGCUGGCGACCAUCAGCUGUUUCCUCAGACACCAGGCAGCACGAAAUCCGCACAGCAGGUGACCUCAACUCCGUCUCAACAAUGGUCUCCGGCAACUUCCGCUUCUUUUGCGACUCCAGCAUCACAACGACCUCUUCCACAGUCAACACCGGUCACGCCUGCGAAUUUCAGAGCGGCAGUCGACCACCACGCCUCCACUUCGGCAUCAGCUUUCGCUUCUCCCGCAGCCGAGUUCGGCACACCGCAAUGGACCCCUUCCCCCGGGCCCUCGUCUGCCGAAUCUCACCAACCCGAGACCGUAGAUGAAGCAGCGCAGCCAGAUAUCAGUAUCAAGACAUCACUCGAAGUCGAGGAGGAAGAAUCUGCCUCAUCAUCCGCCUGUUCGUCUGCCUCUGCUGCUUCCGAAAGAAAGCAGAGCGGCGACGUAUCGACUGCAUCUCAGCCUGAAAGUAAAGCAUCUCCUCGAAGUGGGAAAAAGUCUCACAAGCUCGACACAUCCCUCGCUUCGACCAAAGAUUCCGACUCACCGUCAGUGGCAAGAUUCUCCCGCAUGCAGCUAUCUCGCGCCUCGCCACCGAUCAUCCUGCUUAACGAACUCGAAUCGGUCCCGGAGCUCGGGAUCGUAGCAAAGGCAUUCGACUCGCUCAGCCAUCUUUCCGAUUCGCGUGUCUCUCGAUUGCUAGCGCAGCUCUCUGCUGCAACAGCCAAGAUCGAAGAGCUGGAGAAUGCGCUGGACGCCAAGGAGGGCGAAGCGGUGGAGUUGCAAGAUGUGCGUGUCACGCUGUCACAGCUGUCGAUGCAGUACGAGGAGCUGGUGGCGGAAACGGACGCGAAAGAUGUCGCUGUGGCGGAGAUGGUGAAGCAGCUUCAGGUGGAAUUGAAGGAAGGCGGUCGGGGAAGGGAGAGAGAAUUGGGACGUCAGCUGGAAGAGGAACGACGGUUGAGAGAGGUCGAUCGACGGGAUUACGAGGUUCGAAUUCAGGGGCUGCUCAAUCCAGCUAACAGCUCCUCUGUCCCGUCGGACUAUGCUGUUGAUCAAGCAGCUUCGACGGGUGACGCCAAGCUAAGCACAGCGGUAGAGCAAGCAAAGGAGCAGCUGCGACUCACGUUGGAGAAGGACUUUGACAUUCGACGCGCUAUGGAGCAGCGAGAGCUUCUCGCCAAAGUGGAACGACUGGAACGCGAGCUAGCAUCAGCACCAAGCCCCACCGAUGUCGACGGAUACGCUGAACAGCAGCGUCAAAUCGACCAGCUCACUACGGAUCUAGAUCGACGUUUCGAAGAGCUCGAAGAUCUGCGAUCCGAACUUGACGCCGUGGCGUCGGCGAGGGAUUCGGCUGAAGAACGCGUGGCGAUGCUCGAAGAAGAACUGGAAUCUGCACGAAUCAGCCAACGCGGCAACAGCCACAGUCACGAUUCGAAGAGCGAGGACGAGCUUGUGGAAGAGCUCGAGGCGCUCCAAACAGCACUCGCGGAAAGAGACGCGCAGAUCUCGAACUUGGAGGAAACGCUCUCCCUCACCACAUCUCGACUCACCACCGUCACAACCGAACGAGACGCGCUUUCGCAUCAGAACACCGUCCUUUCACAAACGUCCACAGAUAGCGCGGAGAGGAUCCAACGGCUCGAAUCGCACAUCCUGACACUCGAAUCUGAACUUCGCGUCCGCACACCUUCGUCCAAAUCCACCUCCACCAACACGGAAAGUGCAUCACCCGAACGACUCCUCCGUCUGGAACGCGAGCUCUCCAACCUCCAGCUAGAGCUCGUCAAGGCGACCAAGGCCAACGAAGCGCUGCAGGAGGACAAUGUCAAUUUCUCGAUCGCACUGAGUGCCAAGCAGUUGGAGCUGGGGAUGGUCAAGAGGAAUGCGAGGUUUGCAUUGAAGGAUGCAGCGAACGCGAACGUGGGGGUGGAGAAGAGUGUGGGUUUGCCGAGGAGUAAGGCCGUGGCGGUGGUGUUCCCGACGGUGCCCAAGGGAGAAGUGCAGGAGCGGAAAGGUGGACGGGCGGGGUACAAGGAGAAUGUGGUACCGAGGCGGGAGGAGGUGGUGAACACGGCUAGAGCGCAUGCUAGGCAGAUGCUGGAACAGAGACGCGGAACUGGUGUGGGUGGAGGAGAGGGAAGAGUGGAAGGAGGGUAUGCGGCGAGACGACGUCAGAUGAUCGCUGCUUGA